AAAAAUUUACCACUAUGCCCGCUCACUUAUUUGAUCUUAAAGCUAAAGAUGUUGACUCCCUUGUCAAUAUAUUAAUCGAUAAUCUAAUCCAUAUCAAGGAUGAAACUGGAAAAUUCUUGAUGACCAUUCCAGAUGGACGAAUCAUCGACACUAAAGGGUGGAUAACUGGAUGGGAAUGGACCCAUGGAAUAGGUCUUUAUGGAAUGUGGCACUAUUACGAACUCACCAACAAAAGCCAGAUCUUGAAACACAUUGAAGACUGGUUCGAGGCUCAAAUGUUUGGACCUGACGGAAGUACUUCCAAGAACAUUAACACCAUGGCCGUUUUCUUAUCUUUAGCAUACGUUUAUGAAAGGCAUGGAAAUGAACGGUAUGUUCCGUACUUGGAUUCAUGGGCAGAAUGGGCCAUGUAUGAUUUGCAAAAAACCAAAUGUGGUGGGUUUCAACACGCUACUUACUUAACUGAUAACCAUGAGCAAAUGUGGGAUGAUACGUUAAUGAUGACGGUAAUGCCUCUUGCAAAGAUUGGAUUAUUGUUGAAUCGCCCUCACUAUGUUGAGGAAGCUAAGAAGCAAAUGCUUUUGCAUAUCAAGUACCUUUGUGAUGCCAAAACUGGUUUAUGGUACCACGGAUAUACUUUUGAUGGGAAUCACAAUUUUGCCAAUGCCUUUUGGGCUAGAGGAAACUCGUGGAUUACUAUUGUGAUUCCUGAAUUCAUCGAGUUAUUAAACUUACAACCAGGAGACUUUUUAAGAGAGUUUUUAAUCGAAACUCUUGAUUCACAAGUGGCUCAAUUAGCUGAAUUGCAAGAUGCAAAGACUGGUUUAUGGCAUACAUUAUUAGAUGACGAAACUUCGUACCUUGAGUCUUCAGCAGCAGCUGGCUUCGCAUACGGGAUCUUAAAAGGUAUCAGAAAGAAGUAUUUGGAUCCCAAAUAUAAAUCAGUUGCUAUUAAUGCUAUUAAGGGUGUUAUUGGCCAAAUUGAUGGAAGAGGUGAGUUACUUAAUACAUCUUUUGGUACUGGAAUGGGCGAUGACUUGCAAUUUUAUAGAGACAUUCCUUUGACAUCGAUGCCAUAUGGUCAAGCUAUGGCUAUAAUGGCUCUUGUGGAGUUUUCUAGAUUAUAUUUAUAGAUGAAUGAAACGUUCACCACCAA